AUGUCGACGUUCAUCUGUGCUCUCACGGGGCACCCAUGCGAGGAACCAGUCGUCUCGCCAGUCUCGGGUACAGUCUUCGAGAAGCGGGCGAUCUACAAAUAUCUCGAAGAGCGCGGCUGCGACCCGAUAAAUGAGAAGCCCCUCGCAGGCGAUGAGUUGAUUUCCUUAUCGGGCGGAGCACACUCGGCAGCUCCACGAACCUUCGCCACGGCGUCUGUCCCCGGUAUGCUGAAGGCUCUGCAAGACGAGUACGAGGUCUGCCUGCUGAACAACUUCACCCUGCGCCAACAGUUGAUGACCGCCCGUCAAGAAUUGUCGGAUACGCUCUAUAAGAACGACGCAGCAGCCAGAGUGAUUGCUCGACUUGGACAAGAGUUGAACGCCGCUCGCGAUGCCCUGUCAACGCUCAGGCCGAACAUGCCGCGCGGAGAAGAAGCCGCACCCCAGCAAGACGUUGACAUGGAAGAGGAAGGAGGCAUCACUGAGGCAAUCAAGGAAAAGCUCGACCAGAAGGGCAAAGCCCUCACAGCGCUCCGAAAAAGCCGAGGUCGCAAGCUGCCCGAAGGACUCACCAAGGCCGAGGAGUUCAGCAGCUUCGAACAGAAAAAAGACAUUGGUGGUCUGCACUCGACGGAGAACCCGACGAUUCUGUCGAUGGAUGCGCAAGAGGACAUCGUGGUCACUGGCGGCGCCGACAAGCAGAUCGUUCUUUUCGACACCAAGGGCGAGCAUGUCAUCCAGUCGUGGAAGGGACACACGAAGAAGAUUUCUACCGUUGUUCUCUGCCCAGACAAGCGCACCGUCGUAUCUGCGGCCGCGGAUGGACAGAUCCGCGUGUGGCAGCCGGAGAAGCAGGAGAGCCGCUGUGUUCUCGACUCUCACGCCGCCGCGAUCACCGGCAUUUCGCUCCAUCCCCUCAACGAGUACGUCCUCUCCGUCGCCAUCGACGGCAGCUGGGCGUUCUCCGAUAUCGAAAAGGAGCGCACGAUAUUCGCGCAUCGCCCGAAGGGAGUUGAGUCGGACAAGCCAAUCCUUUGCGGCGAGAUCCACCCUGAUGGUCUAAUCUUCGGCACUGGUACCGAGGAUAGCGUUGUCCGAAUUUGGGAUCUGCGCCAACAGCUGAACGCUGCCAACUUCCCGGGCCACUCGUCACCGAUCAAGUGCCUGACCUUCUCCGAGAUCGGCUACCACCUCGCCACCGGAUCCGAGGACGGAACGGUGAAACUUUGGGAUCUGCGCAAGCUUGACGUCCUCAACAGCUUCGUUGCCGACAGCCCUGCCACGAUCUCAUCUCUUUCCUUCGACAAUAGCGGUGCGUAUCUCGGCAUCGGCUCCAACGAUCUCAAGAUUAUGAAUGUGAAGCCAUGGCAGAUCGUGGCCGAAUACGACCCAUCGGAGAAGAAGGCGCAGUCGGUGAACGGCGUCAAGUUCGGUGCCAACGCCGCCUCAUUUAUGAUUGUCGACAAGGUGCUGCGCCUCUACGGCAAGCCC